AUGCCGCCGAAAGUUCAACGAACCCCGGCGAAGAAGCAGACGGAAGAAGAUGAGUUGGACGGCCUGAUCCACCUCCGGAACCAGGAGAUGGACACCCUCGAGGAGCUCCAAACGGAACUCACUGGUUGGGCACGAGCUGAUCAUACGGCUUCGGAUGUCCGAUCGCAUCUCAAGAACUUGGAGCGGAUCAACAACGACUUCGGCAACCUCCACCAGCGAAUUGUCCUCCUGACCGACUCCAAGACUCGGGGUCCACACGACGCGAAGAGGAAGGAGUUCAGAAAGCUGCACGACCAGAUCUCCAGAACUCUUGAACGAUGGGCGGAUGACCUUGCACCCGCUGUCGCUGCAGGUCCAUCUACGGCACUCCAACCAGCCAGGGUCCAACCGGUGAUCAUCUCUCAACCCCUGCCCAGAAUCAUCCCAAAGUUCGACGGCAAGUACGAGUCCUGGGACAGAUUCAAGGUAAUGUUUAAGGACGUCGUGGACAAGUCAAACGAACCGGCCAGGAUCAAGCUCUACCACCUGGAACAAGCCUUGAUCGGAGAAGCUGCAGGUUCGAUCGACGAAAAGACCAUCCAGGAUGGCAACUACGAGCGAGCCUGGGAACUGCUGGAAGAGCGGUUCGAGGACAAGCGGCGGAUGGUCGAUCUCCACAUCGGCGGUCUGCUGGGAGUGCAGAAGUUGGAAGAGGAGAGCCACGUGGAUUUGAGGGCACUGCUGGAGGAAUUCAUCAGCCACGAGCAGAUUGCAGUCUACCUUCUGGCGCACGCUUUGGACGAUGUGACUUACAAGCUCUGGGAGGGAACCAUCAAGCGCGGAGAGCUCCCCAAGUACGACGAGGCCAUCAAGUUCCUGAAAGACCGUGUCUUCGUUCUGGAGCGUUGGGAAGCUACUAAGAAGGCUGCAACGAAACGAAGUCAUCCAGUGACUGUACACGAGCAGCCCUACCACAUCGCUAAUACAGCCGUCACGUUGCAGCCUGGAAUCCGGUGCAAUUUCUGCAACGGACGUCACCUGACCUUCAAGUGCGCUGUCUUCAAUGGCCUUAAGGUGUCCCAGCGCAUGACUGCGGUCAGAGAGAAGAACCUGUGCCAAAAUUGCUUGCGGAGUGGGCACCACUGGAAGGAAUGUGGAUCCCAGCACUCGUGCCGCAAGUGUCAACGAAGACACAGCACGCUGCUACACCGGCACCCACCUGCGUCCCGAAUCUCAGGCCAACCGCAUUCGCAACCCUCACCAUCCUGUCACAAAGCACCGAUGGUCAACGCCAUGUUGCCCACAGCACUGGUCACUUUGCGUGACAACGAGAACCAACCUGUGCCGUGUCGCAUCCUUAUGGACAGCGGAUCACAGGUAAACUUUAUUUCAAAAUCCAUGGCAGCUCGACUGAAGCUGCCAAAAACGGCUUCAAACGUUCCCAUCUGCGGCAUCGGGGAUGUUAAGACCUACGCCAAGGAGUCCGUAAUUGUUCAGCUUCAGUCACGGGUCAGCAACUUUACCGCAAACGCACAGUGUUUCGUCGUUCCGAAAGUGACCGGAACGGUGCCGUCUUCGCCGGUUGACAUCACGGAGUGGCCAAUACCCAUUGGCACCCAGCUGGCAGAUCCAACAUUCCACAAGCCGGACCGCAUCGAUAUGCUACUGGGAGUUGCGAUGUUCUUCCGGUUGCUGAAAACGGGUCUUAUUGAGUUGGAUGGCAAUCAACCGGAUCUGCGCGAAACUCACCUUGGUUGGGUCAUUGCUGGACAAGGUUCCGUCCAUGAUGAACUGCAUCCUCCAUUUCCGGUCAACGUAGGUAUGGCGAUUUGUGAUCCGUUCCAGAGAAAGUAA